GUCAGACGCUAUGUGCACGACCCACUUUUCAAUCCCUUCCAUCACGUCUCAUUGCCAGUCUUGGUUCGCCCUUGCGCGGUACUUUUUAUCCAAAAGAACGGCGCUAUUCAACGUCUUCGGUUGUUUUCGCAAGAACAGCGCCGCAGCACACCGACGUGAACAUGUCGAGAUGGAUUUUAUGAGGCUGUUCGGCGCCCUGAUCGCCUUCCUCUUCCACUACGGGUGCGCUUCUAAAAUCAAUGGCCAAAGGAUCUGCCGGCGAGGAACGGAGCGCCCAUGCUAUAAGGUCUCCUACAUCCAAGACAGCAGGCGGAGGCUGACUUUCCAAGAUGCCAGGCAGGCCUGCAGGGUGGACGGAGGAGAACUCCUCAGCAUCGAAACAGAAAGUGAGCAGCGACUGAUCGAAAGGUUCAUACAGCAGCUCCACGCCGCCGAUGGAGAUUUCUGGAUUGGCCUUCGCCGCAGCCCACAGCGUUUUAGGUCUGGCAACGCAAACCCGGGAUGCCCCUCGCAGUACUACUGGCUGGAUGGGAGCAAAGCAAAGUUCAGGAACUGGCACUGGGACGAGCCUUCCUGUGGAGGGGAAAUGUGUGUGGUUCUCUACUACCAGCCCUCUGCACCACCUGAUGAGGAAGGACAUUUCCUCUUUCAGUGGAAUGAUGACAACUGCAACACCAAGAACAACUAUAUUUGCAAAUAUCCCAAAGUGAAGACGGAGGUAUUUACCGAGGCAGGGAGACAGAACGCGGCACAUGCAGUUCCAACUGUGAUGUCAAAUAUAUUCUUCACAACAUCAAGUGGCAAGACGAUUAAAGUCGGAAUGCCUGAGUCAUCAGUGUCUUUGUUCGACAACCCCCUGUUUCUUCCCUACAUCCUGUACGCAACCGUUCCUGCUCUUCUGCUGCUGUUGCUUGCAGUUUCUGGCUUCUUCUGUUACAAACAAGCUAAGCGGAGAAAGUCAGAGAGCAAAAGCUCCACUGGGCAACCAAAUCCGUGGAUGCCCACCGAAGCGUCAUCUUGCCCUAUUCAAGGACCCUACGCCUUUAGUGACAUCACCAAACUUUCUCACCUCGUUCCGGACAACACCCUGCCAGCAGACUUCAAAACGAAAUACCCCUGUGCACCUACAAAGGAACCCCAGUGGAAUGAUUACGAGAAUGUAUUAUUAGCGGACAGGGAGAGUGGCUUUGUGACUAAUGACAUCUACGAGACCAGCGGACCUCAGAGUCGACACUGUCGCCCUCAGCCUGGUUGGGUGGAAAAUGAGAUCUAUGGGUAGGAUGUGCCAAUCGUAGGCGGCCUGCCUGACUAAGGAAUAUUACCCGGCCACGCUAAGGGACGCGGUGUUCUUUUUCCUCCUUUUGUCUUUUAUGCCACAUGACUGGUGCAGGUUACCUGAACAUGUGGCCGUGACUGGAAACUAUAUCCACUUUGUGCAUCUGCAUCCAAGGUCCUACAGUGGAACUAACAGGACUUGGAACUCUAUGACUCAUGUCAUACUUAAGAUAUAAUCUAUAUAUAUAUUGCGCGUCG